CUAUUUCCAUCCCCCUCCCUAACAACCAUCUGCAGACUGCAGGUCAGUGAAAAAGCCCGAGGUAUCGGGCAUCGGUUGUGAGCCUGGAACAUUCAAUCCACGGAAGGAAACAUGGAUGCGGAAAAGAACGGGUUGCCGCCGUACAGCGCUGUCGCUGGUUCGCCGGAGCAGCCAUGGCUCCAGCAGGGCCGACGGCAUGUGCGACGCUCGCGUGCAGUGCGGCUGAUGGCGCUGUCAUUCCUGGCCUUCAUCGUGUACGCCCAGUGGAGGCAGAUUCCGGCUUCUCCAAACGGCGACAGCCAGGGCGUGUCGCUCAAUGGCCUGUCCAUAUCGAAGCUUCAGGCCGACCUUGCUGUCUGCUCGAAGCUGCGCACGAAACCCAGCGACCCAAUCGGCCUGGGCCGUGAGCGUAACGCCAGAUAUAUUGAUGGCCACAAGCCCACGCUCAUACGCAACGCCAAAGUCUGGGUUGGUGAACCAGUCGAGGGCACGUCUCCCGAGGCCGCACGGGCUGGACAAGGCUGGGAGUGGAUCGAUGCCGACGUCUUCUUGGAACAUGGCCUCAUCAAGGAGGUCGGAAAGGAUAUUGCUCUUGCAAACCUGCCCAAGGAUACCAUCACCUGGGAUGCAAAGGGACGACAGCUCACUGCCGGUGUUAUCGAUAUGCACAGCCAUUCUGGAGUCGACUCCCUACCAGAACUGAGAGGAAACAGCGAUGUCAAUGAGAUGUCUUCGGAUAUUACGCCCUACGUCCGCUCAAUCGAUGGGAUUCAGCCUACGGACCACCAAAUCCAAGUCAUCAAGUCCGGCGGCGUGACAACUAGCCUGGUCCUCCCUGGAUCCGGAAAUAACAUCGGCGGCGAGGCAUAUGUGAUCAAGCAUGCAGUAGGCAAGCCCGACGGCCGCGAGGAGAUCAGCGCCGAGGACAUGCUCGCAGACCCAGACAGGAAUUGGAGAUACAUGAAGAUGGCCUGCGGCGAGAAUGCCAAGCGCGUCUAUGGAAAGGUUGGGGAAAGGGGUCCGGUCAGCAGGCUGGGUGAGUCCUGGGAGUUCCGACACGCCUUCGAGCAGGCGGCGAAGGUCAACCGUGAGCAGGACGACUGGUGCAACGCUGCGGAUGCCCUGGGCGUGGAGAACAUGCACUCCUACCUCCCACAGGAUCUGAAGUGGGAAUCCCUGGCGGCUGCGUUGAGGGGACAGGUGCACAUCAACACCCACUGCUACACCAUUCCAGACCUGGAGGCAAUGGUGGAUCACACAAAUGAGUUUCAGUUCCCCGUGCGAGCUUUCCAUCACGCGCAUCAGACGUUCCUCGUGCCCGAGAUUCUCAAACGCACGUGGGGAGGCCGACCUCCUGCGUCAGCCAUCUUCGCCACCAAUAUGUACUACAAGGCGGAGGCUUACAUCGGAUCCGAGUACGCUGGGAAAGUUCUGUACGAGGAAGGUCUCACGCCGGUCUAUGUCAGCGACAACCCGGUCUUGAAUGCCCAGCACGUCAUCUUCGAGGCGGCCAAAGGCUACAAAUUCGGUCUGCCUUACCAUGCUGCCCUGGCUGGUGUAACGAGUGAGCCUGCCGAUCUUCUCGGUCUCGGGAAGAGGCUUGGAAAGAUCAAGCCUGGGUACGACGCCGACGUUGUGGUCUGGGACAGCGAUCCGUUGAGUGUCGGAGCGACUCCUGUCCAGGUCUGGAUUGACGGGACUAGCCAGUGGGACGACCCAGUCGAGCUGAAGAAGCCCGUUACUGCGCCUCUCGUGCCCGACUCGGCCCUCAACAAGACGAACGAGGAGACGGCGCAGCUCAAAGAUGUCCUCUUCACCGGUGUAUCCAAGGUGCUUCUCUCUGGCUACGACAAGGUUGCCAGCUCUGAAGAGACAUUCACCGUCGCCGUAUCUGGAGGUAAGAUCACCUGCUUCGGGCCUUGCGAAGCCGAACUGCACUCCGCCACCACCGCAGGCACCAAGGUGAUCCACCUCAAGAACGGCUACCUGACCGAUAGCUUCAUCGCGUUCGGGUCAACAAUCGGCCUCAACGAGAUCGAUGCCGAGUCGAGCACGGACGACGGUGACAACUCGGACGUAUUCAGCCGCGCCGCGGACGGGCUGGCCCUCGACAACAAGAAGCUCAAGGUCGCGCACGAGUUCGGCGUCACGCGGGCCAUCACGGCGCCCAAGUUCGCAGGCGGGUCCAACGUUGCGCGGCAGGGCGUGAGCGUGGGCUUUUCCACGGGCGCCAGGACCGCCCUGGACGAGGGCGCCGUGUGGGCCGACGACGUUGCGGUGCACUACACGCUCAGCCUGGCCGCCAAGAGGGGCAAGACUCCGUCCAUCUCAAGCGCCGUCGGGGCGUUCCGCCGUAAGCUACUUGAUGCCCUCAACUCCACCGAAGAGGCCAAGGACUCGUACUCGGAGGAGGCGUACCUGAAGAAGGUUGUCGCGGGCGACCUGCCACUCGUGGUCACCGUCCACAGCGCGGACGCCAUCGCGUCAAUCCUGAAGGUGAAGCAGGUGGUCGAGAAGGAGGGCGCCAAGCUCCGGCUGUCCAUCAUCGGCGGCGCUGAGUCCUGGAUUCUCGCCCACGAUCUGGCUGCCGCCGGCGUCGGCGUCGUGCUUGCUCCUGCGGAUAGCUACGCCAGCGAGUGGGACCAGCGCCGUGCGCUCUCUGGCGCGCCCUUGACUAACGGUACGGCCAUUGACAAGCUGAUUGAUGCUGGCGUGGUCACUGCCAUUGGGCUGGAGGAGGACUGGAUCAUCCGUGAUCUUGCUCUGUUGGCAGGCCGGGCUUAUAGGAAUGGCGAAGGGCGGCUUAGUGAGAAGGAUGCCCUGGCACUCAUUUCAACGAAUGUGUAUAAGAUGCUGGGUAUCGAGGUGCCAAAGGCGAAGCAGGGCCAUUUCAUAGUGUCUGAAGGCAGUCCACUCGAAAUAGGAUCCAGGGUCAAGGCUGUUGGUGGUGGGCUUGGGAGGGUCUCUGUGUUUGAGUAGUGUGGCGGUGACCGGGCAAGAAUAGUGUGCGCUUUUGAUCAUCACAAGAGAAUUUGAAAUCCAUAUUAUCUGA